GUCUUGAGUUACCUUUUCGAAAAUUACUAGAAUUGAUUCCUAAACUUCUCCAAUGAUAGCUAUCAUAUUGAAGGAGUAUAUCUGCUAUCUCAUAUCGGAUCUCCAAGGAUCCGUAUAUUUUUAGAACGAGUGGGCCACCUGCCUGCACCUGUCGUAAUAUUCGCUGUAGCUUGCUACUGUAUUUGGUGGCCGCCGUCGCAUUAGGACGCCUCAUCCCUCGACUAGCCCACUUCGAUGGGUGAUUAGCAACUCAGCCGCACCGCAGCUUGUUUUAAUGUCUAGCCGUUAUUAGAUUUGUUAAAUUACAUAUUCAUCAUCACAUUUCCUCUCUGUUUAAUAUAUACCUCAAGAAGAAAAAGACCGUCGUCACGUCGAGUGUUCGGUUCAAGAUGGGGUCAGUCCUUGAAUCUACAGAUAUCAAGAAUAAGCUGGAGGAUCUAUCUGGAGUGAUCCUGAAGCCGGGCGAAAACCCAUAUAAUGCGCUGAUCGAAGCUUGUAAUAACGACCCAGAAAAAAUACAAGCAUUGUAUGCUGCGCAUCGAGUCAGGCGCAAUGCGCAACAGAGGGACAAGUUCCUCGCCUCUGACUACAAGGAGUUGAUCAUCGAUCCAUAUCUCUUGCGACUAGAGAACCCGCAGAUUGAGCCAGGCUUCAAAGAUACGAGAUAUUGCAUGACCUUCUGGGGUCGGCCUCCGAUUCAUGUACUAGAGCUCGCGGAAGUGAUUCAGGAGAAACUAAAAGCCGUUUCGUCAAAAAUAUGGCUCAUGCCCCUCCAUCGCAUGCACAUAACCACCCUCGAGCUCGCCUUCUCCCGAACCGCCGAAGAAAUCGAGGCGCUCAAGGAAAGCCUCCGGCCCGCCAUACCGGGUAUUGCAAGCUUCACGCACCGCCACCGGUCCCGCCUCGUGAAACCCAUGAUUUCGUAUGAUCUGUCCGCCUUCGCUCUGUCAUUCCUCCCGGCUGCUGGCGAGAUAUCGCUCUCGCCCGCUCCCACAGCACCUGAUGCCGUCGAAGUGCUUAAACAAGGGGAUGGGUACACGUACCAUCACCUCAGACGCGAUGUGUGGGAGCAGGCGAAGGAGGCUGGCGUUACGGUCAACUCGCGGUAUAUAGUGCCGAGCGCGCAUAUCACGCUGGGAAGAUACUUGACGGACGAGGAUCAUGCGACGCCUGAACUGAGGUUGAAGUGGGUUGAUGCCAUUGAUGAGAUCAAUGCUUGGUUGGAGGCCGAGGUGUGGGAUAAUGCUGACUCGGAGCUGGUAGGGGAGUGGGUUGUUGGACAGGAGAGAGGCUUAGAUGUCCGUGUUGGCACUUUGUGGUAUGGUGGUGGUCGAACUGUUCAGAUGGGCGAGGGAUUCUAGAUAUUUUAUGUUAGAUCUUUGUUCGGUUAUAUUGAAGUUCCCUUAGAUAGGUACCUAUAGAACAUUGUUCUUAGGGUUCAAGAUCCUAAGCCAUAGAUAGACAGUUUCGAAGUCAUACAUACUUUGCAGGU